CUGCCGUCCUGCGUCAGCCGCCCGCAGCCCAACACCCCGCAUCAAAACCCGCCUCCUCGCCUCGCCUCCUUCCCCCACCACCACCGCCACCGCCGCUCCCCAAGUCCCGCAGCCCCAAACCCCGGGGCCGAACCUUCCGGAACCUUCCUCCUAUGGCCCCGCCCCCCUCCAUGGCGGCCGCCUCCGAUCACGCCGGCCCAGGGUCCGAGGCGGGCGCGGGCGACUCCUCGCUCCGCCUACGCCACGCCCCCUCCGCCGACGCCAGCGGCCUCGCCCUCGACUCCACCGGCGGCCGCCGGGAGAACGGCGAGCCGCGCCCACCGCCGAGUCCGCAGCAGGAGCAGCAGCAGCAGCACGAGAUGCUGUACUUCCGCGCGUCGGCGCCCGCGCACCGCCGCGUCAAGGAGAGCCCCCUCAGCUCCGACGCCAUCUUCCGCCAGAGCCAUGCGGGUCUUCUGAAUCUAUGCAUUGUUGUGCUGGUUGCAGUGAACAGCAGACUCAUUAUUGAGAAUUUAAUGAAGUAUGGCCUAUUGAUAAGAGCUGGAUUUUGGUUUAGUGCAAGAUCGCUGAGAGACUGGCCUCUUCUUAUGUGCUGCCUCACUUUACCAAUUUUCCCACUUAUUGCGUUCAUGGCUGAGAAGAUGAUUAGAAGGAAGCUCAUUGGUGAACAUGUGGUUAUUCUUCUCCAUAUCAUUGUUACAACAUCUGUCAUUGUCUAUCCAGUUGUUGUGAUUCUUAAGUGUGACUCAGCAGUACUAUCUGGAUUUGUACUAAUGUUUCUUGCAAGCAUCAUGUGGAUGAAGCUUGUCUCUUAUGCACAUACAAAUUAUGAUAUAAGGGUAUUGUCCAAAAGUACUCUGAAGGGUGCUUCAUAUGGCAAUCAUGUUGAUCCUGAGAAUAUGAAAGAUCCAACCAUUAAAAGUCUAGUGUACUUUAUGUUGGCCCCAACACUUUGUUACCAGCCAACUUAUCCUCGAACUACAUGUAUUAGGAAGGGCUGGGUGAUCCGACAACUUGUUAAGUGCCUUGUUUUUACAGGCCUGAUGGGCUUCAUAAUUGAGCAAUACAUAAAUCCAAUUGUGAAGAAUUCUAAGCAUCCACUGAAGGGGAAUUUCUUGAAUGCUAUAGAGAGAGUCUUGAAACUCUCUGUGCCAACACUAUAUGUAUGGCUUUGCAUGUUCUAUUGCUUUUUCCAUUUAUGGCUGAACAUUCUAGCUGAACUUCUUCGUUUUGGUGAUCGUGAAUUCUAUAAGGACUGGUGGAAUGCCAAAACUGUUGAAGAGUACUGGAGAAUGUGGAACAUGCCUGUUCAUAAGUGGAUCAUUCGACAUAUAUAUUUUCCAUGCAUAAGGAAAGGCUUGCCCAGGGGUGUAGCUAUUCUGAUCGCCUUUCUGGUUUCAGCUGUGUUUCAUGAGAUAUGUGUUGCUGUGCCAUGCCACAUUUUCAAAUUCUGGGCAUUUUUUGGGAUCAUGGUUCAGAUACCGUUGGUAUUCUUGACGAGAUAUCUUCAAGAGAAGUUCCAGAACAUAAUGGUGGGCAACAUGAUAUUCUGGUUCUUCUUCAGCAUACUCGGGCAGCCGAUUUUUGUCCUUUUAUACUAUCACGAUGUCAUGAACAGGCAAGCCCAGGCAAGUAGAUAGUUCCUCUGAAAUAUGUACCAUGAUACAGAUCAUCAGAAGCGAACCAAAUCGAUAAGGUGGAAGAAGCAGCAGCCCCCUUGCCAUUUUUACCAUCAGCUAGUCAGCUUGCAAAUGCUCCCAUGCUGCGUGUACAUUACAAGCGAUGCAACAAGGUCAUCUAACAGCGCUUCCGACAUGUGGACUCUGUACACUUUUCAGUCUAUAUGUCAUCAGGUGAUGUGUGCAUAAUGUCGUGGUAGAUGUAACAUGUAUAUGUAUGUAAUGUACCAUGAAUCCAUGAUGUGUCACGCCUUGAAGGGUCCAAAUGAGCCGGGGAAAAAAUGCCUAAGAUGGGGGAUGGCUUCAUAGAACAAACGCCAAAACCUGAAUUGAACUUGUUCCGAGCUCUGACACGUGACACCUGGUUUCCGGAAAACUGUGGUAUGGUUAUACCAGUCACGGUUGUGUACUAAUAUAGCUGGCAAUAAUAAUGAAUCAGCAUCUGUUGCCAUUGAGAUGUUUAAUUUGUAUUGCCUUGGCUGGUGAA